AUGACUGUAGCAAGUCAGAAUAAUGCUGUCGCGGAGCUGUUCCCGCAUGGAUGCUGGGAUGCCCAUCACCAUAUCUUCGAUCCCGCACAAUUUGCGUACGCUCCCGACCGCCACUUGACGCCUCCACCUGCAACCAUUGAGCAAUUCAUCAACUUCAAGAAGAGUUUGGGUAUUACCAAUUCGGUAUUAACGCAUGGUCUAUCGUACGGGGCCAACGUAGAAUCCUUGAAAAGCUUCGUCAAGCUGCUAGGGCAAUCCUCCACGAAGGGAAUUGGAGUCAUUGAUCCUGAGACAGUUACCCGGGAAGAGCUCCAGGAGAUGCACAAUGCCGGCAUCCGGGGCAUUCGAGUCAAUGUCUACAAGUACAAGGCUAUGCAUGAUGCUGAGCUACAGAAGGUUGCACUUCGGGAACAUGCCCACAUGAUUGGAAAGCACUGUCCGGGGUGGACCAUGGCAUUCACACAAACUCAUCCAGAGUUCUGGAAGGACUUAAGAUCAGUGAUUGAACAGGAGAUCACUCCUGCGGGAAUUCGCCUGAUUACAGAUCAUUUUGCGUUACUAAAAGGUCCAAGCAUGCUUCCACCCGAGUGCGAGGGAGAUGUGACCCGCCAAGUGGGAUUUGAAGACAUAAUGGACCUGGUUCGAAACGGGCAUUUGUAUGUCAAACUCAGCGCGCCGUACCGCGUGAGCAAUGAAGCACCUUUCUAUGACGACCUGAAACCAUUGGUCCGAGCUUAUAUCGAUGCGAAUCCAAAACAAGUCCUCUGGGGGAGUGACUGGCCUCACACGCCACGUAUGAAGGUCCGGACCUCGGACUCCCGGGGAGAGGCCAAGGCCAAUGACCGAUGGCUGGAGUUUAUUCCAUUGCUAGUGUCGGCUCCUUUGUUGUCGCGCGAGUCAUGCCCUGGAAGCAUCCGGCCUAUGUUGGGAGCACCCCGGAUGGCUGCUCGAAUAGCUUCUAUAGACUAUGGUUUGCGCGGUGAAACUGGUGUAUUUAAUCUUGAUGUAGAAUUCCUACCCCAAGAACAGUUGCGAGUGUAUUCUUCCCCAAACAAAAGGGAUACUUACAACAUGGAUGUGUACCUGAACUCGCUUCCGCCGCUCCUGAACAACAGCCUUGCCAAGUGGGCGUAUGUUUCGCUCGCCGCAUUCGCCAAUCUUCCUGGCCAGUUUAAUCGGACGGCGUUUGAGGCUCCCUGGGCAACCUCGGAGAUCUCGGAUGAAGGCCUUAGCACAGCAUUAUCGUACCUGAAUACCACUGACUUUGUAGCCUAUGAUUCGCGGUUCUUCGAUAUCAUUGGCCCUAACGCAACGGUCGAGCAUGUUCAAAAACUAGCCUACCAGGUUCACGAAGCGCCAUGUUAUAUCAAAGAUACCAAUCAACUGUUUUUUGUCGAAUGGGGCCCACCAGGCGGCGACGAUGGCAUUCACUCGUGGCAGUACCUCCUGGAUGUGGAGACUAAUACCUUGCACAACAUAACCACCGACCCUCCCACGUACAACGUUCAUGGGUGUGUCUACUACAAUCACUCCAUCCACGUGGUAACGGAUGGAUAUAGUGACCUCCAAACAGGGGAGCUAGCAAAGAUCGACCCUCACAGCCAUGAGAAAACGACACUGCUGAACAACUACCUGGUGCAGCCAUUUGCGGGCUUCAACGACCUGGAGAUUGAUCGGGAGGGUAAUUUCUGGCUAACAGAUUCAAGAUCAGGCUGGGGCCGACAGAUUGUUGAAUUCACACCCCCAACAAAUCCCUCCGUCUACUUCGUCGAGAAAUCCACCUUUCGCACCAAGGUAGUCUAUAGUACCACUGGUAAUACCAAUGGUGUCGCCAUAUCCCCUGACGGGAACACAUUAUUCAUCCCGGAGACAGGGGUCUCGAAGUACUUUCCAAAGCGGACGGAUCCUUAUGGAAUGAGACAGCUCUCGGCGUUUGAUGUCUCCAAGGCGGGCUCUGUACUGUCAAAUCAAAGAUUCCUCACAAAUCCCAUUUCCUACUUCUAUGAUGGCGUGCGGGUGUCGCGACAUGGGUUGAUCUUCUGCGGUGCCGGGGAUGGCGUUGACGUUCUUGAUCCCGACACAGGGAAUACGCUGGGUACAAUUCGCGUCGGCGGGGGUGAGAAUGGGGCUGUGAGUGUGGCAUUUGGGGAACAUGAAUUAUGGAUUGUGGGUAAAGGAGGAGUGUGGCAUGUCAAAGGAAUUCAGGAGCAACUGGCUCGAGAGUGGUAG